AUGUUAGGUCGCACGAUUUUCCGUGCUGCUCGUAGCACAGGUUUCCUCAGAAGCCCGUACGGCUUGAGCCAAGCGCAGAGGUAUUCUGCGGUGGCCCAUGAGGCAGCAUCUCUCCCCUUGGCGGGCUACCGCGUGCUCGACAUGACUAGGGUCCUAGCCGCUAAUAUCGGACCAAAUGUAAGCGCAGAAGUCAUCAAAGUCGAGCAUCCUACGCGCGGAGACGAUACACGUGCUUGGGGGCCACCCUACGCGACGUACCGAGAAGGAUCCGACCUGGAAGGACCUGGCGAGUCUGCUUACUUUCUUGCUAUCAACCGUAACAAGAAGUCGCUGGGCCUCUCAUUCCAGCACCCCGAGGGUGUGGAGAUCCUGCACAAACUCGCAGCGAAAUGUGAUAUUCUCGUAGAGAACUACCUCCCGGGGACUCUCAAGAAGUACGGGAUGGACUUCGAGACAUUACACAAGAUCAACCCGGCCCUGAUCUACGCAUCAAUAACGGGGUUCGGCCAGAAUGGGCCGUACUCGCAGCGGGCCGGGUACGACGUCAUGGUCGAAGCGGAGUUCGGGUUAAUGCACAUUACCGGUAAUCGGGAUGGACCGCCGGUUAAAGUCGGCGUCGCCGUCACGGACCUGACAACGGGGCUUUAUACGAGCAAUAGCAUCAUGGCCGCGCUUCUGUCUCGGGCCAGGACUGGCCGUGGUCAGCAUAUCGACAUCGCCUUGAGCGACUGCCAGCUCGCGACCCUCGCCAAUAUCGCAAGCAGCUGUCUGAUCAGCGGGAAGAAGGACUCGGGCCGAUGGGGCACGGCUCAUCCGUCGAUAGUCCCGUACAAGUCGUUCAAGACCAAGGACGGCGAUAUCUUGUUCGGGGGAGGCAAUGACCGUUUGUUCGGGGUGCUGUGCGAUGGUCUCGGCCGGCCGGAAUGGAAGACAGAUCCGAAGUACGGCGUGAACUCGCAACGGGUCGCCAAUCGGGCCGAGCUCGAGGCUGAGAUCGAGAAGAUCAGCGUCCAGAAGACGACGCAGGAGUGGCUAGACAUUUUCGAAGGGAAGGGCAUGCCGUACGCCGCGGUCAACGACGUCCAGGCCUCCCUACACCACGAGCAAUCCAAGGCGCGGGAUAUGGUGGUGGAGGUGGAACACGAGCAGUGUGGGCCGAUCAAGCUGGUGAACACGCCGGUCAAGUAUAGCGAAAGCAAACCGCGCAUCCGAACCGCGCCCCCGACUCUAGGUCAGCACACGGACGAGAUCCUCGGCGACCUGCUAGGCCUAGAGGCCGGCGAGGUAUCGGUACUAAAGGAGAAAGGGGCGGUGAGGGUAAGGCGAACGCUUGCUCUCCCCCGGCAUCAAAAUCGGUCGGGUGCUUUUUGGUUGUGGUGCUUUGGCGACCUGAAUUCGCCCAGAACCAGCAAUGAAGGCAAAGGCGGCGCCACCUCCGUGCCUCCUCCGGACCCUGCUCCGCCCCAGCCGGCGCCGUCAGAAAACCCAACCCAGACCUCGCCUCCGGAAACCCCCGCUUCCUCCUCCUCCUCCACACUGACAAACGCGGGGCUGAGUUCCGUUAGCUCGCCCGGCCGCCCACCCUACAUACCGCAAUUCUCCGCCUCGACGCAGAUGAUCUUGAAGCGCAUUAAUGGGCAGCCUGGCAGCCUAUCGUCCGCGCUUUCGUCCGCAUCCCCCUUCGCCACCGGCAUCGAGCGGUCCACCUUCGAGGACGCCAAGCGCCGACUGGUUAUGAACAUGAGCACGUCUCUCAACAUGACAAUCCCCUCGCCUCGCCCCGCAAGUUCCUACUCGGCAGCUCGCUCGGCCGCCACCCUGCCGCUGCCCAUGAACGACGCCUUCCAGCUCCGCACGCCCGCCCCGACUAAGCUACUGCCCGCCGCGGAGGGCCCCGCGCCGGCCCCCAAGGCGCCAGCGCCUGCUCAGAAGGAGAACGGGAGGGGGCCCCGCCCCGCGAAACGCAAGAGAGCCAACGGCAACGAAAGGGACAACAACGAGGUGUCCUCGAGCCUAAGCGACCUAUCCGAGAGCGAAAUCGACGCCGCCGCUUCCGCCGCCGCCGCUUCCGCCAAGGACCAGGCCACCCCGACCAUGACGAAGUCCGGUCGCCAGGUGCAGAAGCCGUCGCAGUACAACCCCUCGCCGCCCUCGACCCAGUCAUCGCAGUCCCGACGCAAACACUCCGGCGGCGGCAGCAGCAGCAGCAAGAGGAUGGCCGAUCAGGUGCUGUGCAAGGUAUGCACGCGCGGGCUGAGCCCCGCCGGCAACCGUAUCGUCUUCUGCGACAGCUGCAACGGCUGCUGGCACCAGCUGUGCCACCAGCCCUACAUCGACGACGACGUGGUCGAGGACGAGUCGCGCGUCUGGUUCUGCAGCUUCUGCACCGCCAAGCGCGAGAGGCUGCUCGCCCGCAAGAAGGGCCUCGACGCGCACAGGGGCGUGAGCUGGGCCGCGAAGAGCGCCGACCAGGUAACGUUAUCUGUCUCUCCCCCUCUCUCUUACGCGAUUUCCCUAUGCUACGAAGAGCUUCCGCAUUCCCGGGCCGCUAACGUUCUCCCACAGAAGCGCAACUACCUCAACGGGGUGCCGCACGCGCAGCUCGUCAACAUCAUCAUGUACUGCACCGAGCUCCACCCGGACCUGCCCAUAUUCCCGUCCAACGAGUCGGGGCGGCGCGCCGGCGGCGGUGGUCCGGCGUUUGAUAGCCCCAUUCGCUACACCCGCAAGGUGUCGACGCCGGACUCCCACCUGCCGAGCGGCGGCGGCGGCGGCGGCGGUGCUAGCAAGAGCAAGUUGGCCGCCGACUCGGACCGCGACCGGGUCAGGCGGGGGUCGUCGGCCGAUUCGGUGCCGCCGGCGUGGCCCCAGGUGGGCAAGGGCUGCCUCGACGGCCUGCCGGUGGACGAGGACGACUUGCGCGACGACAACGACUACGAGGCCUUCAGCGUCACUACCUACGACGAUAAGGGCAACAAGAUCGUCGAGAACGGCAUGCGCGUCUGA